GUAUUGAUGAAUAAAUGUGAAAAAGUGAAAAAUGAAAAUGAGGAGCAUGUAAUUAUAAUGGAAAAUGCAUCAUUUUCUUGGAAAGAUACUCCUUCUUUGUUUUCUCUCAAUCUCAAAAUUAGAAAUGGUAACUUGAUUGGAGUGAAAGGUAGCAUCGGUGCUGGCAAAUCAACGCUAUUAGCUGCUAUCCUCGGUGAGAUCAAUCUUGUUAGUGGAAAAUUACUAGUGCAUACUCAGUCAAUUUCAUAUGCUCCACAAUCGGCAUGGAUAUUUGCUGAUACUCUUCGAGCUAAUAUUCUACUGGGUAAACCAAUCGAUGAAGAACGUUACAAUAAUGUAAUAAAAGCAUGUUGUCUUGAUAUCGAUCUACAGAAUUUUGGUGAAGUUGGUGAUUUAUUAAUGAUUGGCGACAAAGGAGUUAAUUUAAGUGGAGGACAAAAAGCUCGAAUAUCGCUUGCUCGUGCACUUUAUGCUGAUGCUGAUCUAUAUUUACUCGAUGAUCCACUUGCUGCUGUUGAUCCUAAAGUGGCUAAAAGUAUUUUUGAUCAAUGCAUCGGCCCAUAUAGUCUCCUUCGUGGAAAAACUAGGAUAUUAGUUACACAUCAGACACACUUAUUAAUUGAAACAGAUCAAAUGUUUUACUUAGACAAUGGGCACAUAGAAGAAUUACAUAUGGAACAACAAACUACAAUAGAACCAUCCAACAAAACAUCAGGAGCAGAUGUAUCUGACAUCAAGGAAACCGAUUGGAAACUUGAUCCUUCUGCGGCUGAUAUGAAUUCUAUUAUAAAGAAUGAGACAUCGGUUAGUGGUUCCAUUAAGUGGAAUAUUUGGCUAAAACUAUUUACUGCACCUCCGUUACGUUGGUUUGGCUUUUUGCUUAUGAUUAUUUUAAUGUUUGGUAAUGAAGCGUUGUAUGAUUUUACAAAUCGUUGGCUUGCUCUAUGGUCGGGUAAAGAUGAAAACGAACAACGAUCUUCAUUUUAUGCUUAUAUCUAUCUUGGAGGUGUACUUUGUACAUUCAUCGUUACUUUAAUACAUGCCGCCUAUAUCAUUUAUAUUAUGUUGUGUGGUUCGACCUAUUUUCAUAAUCAAAUGCUCAAAGGUAUCUUAUAUACAUCGUUACGUUUCUUUGAAAAAAAUCCAAGUGGACGAAUCUUGAAUCGAGCAAGUAAAGAUCAACAAGUAGUAGAUGAAUCAUUACCUCUGGCUUUAAUUGAUACUAUGCAAUAUCUACUACAAACUUUAGGUUCUAUUAUAAUCAUUGGAAUGGCCAACCCAUGGGUACUUAUAAUUCUGAUUCCAUUAGCUCCCGCAGUUUUGUGGCUUCGUCGAUUUUAUAUGCGUUCGAGUCGUCAACUCAAACGACUAGAAAGUGUAACACGUAGUCCUAUUUAUACAUUGUUCGCAACAUCAUUAGAUGGACUCACUAGUAUUCGUGCAUUUCAAGUUCAAAAUGAUUUUUUAGAGAAGUUCAUCGAAAGAAUCGAUGCAAAUUCACGAGCUUCCUUCAUUCUCUCUGCCACUUCGCAUUGGUUUGGUUUACGACUCGAUUUUAUGGUAUCCUUACUCACUUUAGCUACUUGUAUUCUUUCCGUAGCAUUGCGUCAUCAAAUCACACCAUCGAUAGCAGCACUUAGUAUAAGCUAUUGCAUUACUUUAACAGGUCUCUUUCAAUGGGCUGUACGACAAUCAGCUGAAGCUGAAAAUUUCAUGACCAGUGCAGAACGUAUUUAUGAAUAUGGUCAACUAAUAUCAGAAAGUCAAGAGAACACUAAUGACAAUAAUGUUCUCAUUCAACCUGACAAUGAUUGGCCUUCUCGUGGUAUUAUUGAAUUUAAAGAUUAUACUUUUCGCUACCGACCAGAGCUCGAUCCUGUACUUAAAAAUCUUAAUUUACGAAUUGAAUCCAAGGAAAAAAUUGGAAUUAUUGGUCGAACAGGUGCCGGAAAGUCGUCACUUCUUCAAGCUCUCUUUCGACUUGUCAGCCAAUCAGCAGUUAAUGGAACUAUUCUUAUCGAUGGUAUCGAUAUUGGACGUUUGUCACUUGAUUAUCUUCGUUCUCAUAUAAGUGUUAUUCCACAAGUACCCAUACUUUUUUGUGGUACUCUUCGAUACAAUAUUGAUCCAUUCAAACAAUUCACAGAUGAAGAAUGUCUUACAGCACUUGAAGCUGUUCAACUCAAAUCAUUGGUGCGCAACCAUCCAGAUGGAUUCCAUAUGUUGGUAGCUGAAUCUGGUACAAAUUUGAGUGCUGGUGAACGGCAAUUGAUUUGUGUAGCUCGAGCAAUUCUGAAGAGGAGUCACAUAUUAUUAAUUGAUGAAGCUACUGCAAAUGUUGACUAUGCGACUGAUAAGAUGAUUCAGGAAGUAAUUGCUGACAAAUUUCGUGAUCGUACCAUAUUAACUAUUGCACAUCGAUUAAACACAAUAGUUAAUAGUGAUCG